AUGCCCUCAGAGAUCGUCCCAUCUUGGAACGCGUCCGACCGCUCUGCAAUGGCGUACUCAUCGCGGCCAACUUCCAUGCUGCCGGGCGGUGGGCUUCGUCAGCCCGCCUCCCAGCCCUCGUCCGCGCUGACAACGCGUAUCGCGGCCAAAAAGGCCGAGCUCGAGAAUCUCCGCCAGCUGCGGGAUUUGAGCAGGACCCUAGCCACGCAGAUGCAGGCGCUCGAGAACAAGAUUGCCACGUUGAAAGAUGGCACCGAAGCGGUUGCAUGUGUACUUGCGAAUUGGGACAAUGUCCUGCGCGCCAUCAGUCUGGCCUCCAACAAGGCUGGUGGGCUACGUGAGGCCACCGGGCCCGAGAACGAGGCGCCUCCGACUGAACCCCGCUUACCAGCCACCUUGGUUCGCAUCCCCGCUGAGCCACGAGAGAAAACUGGGGAAUGA